CGUGUAUGUAAACUAGGGUGUCGCCGAGGUGGCUGUAUUCGAAGGCGACAGUCUGUUCCGCUAAUCAUUGACAAAGCAAAUAAUGUGAUAACAUCGGCAAUUUGACCUCCAAAAUUUAUAAUUCUUCUUGAUCGAGAGUCCCAAAAUGUUUGGAAUGACGGGGUAUGCCGAUCAUUUAAUGAGCUCGGUGGUAGUUUGAAGAAAGAGUAAGUCGGGGAGCCAUUUUGUCUCGGCAGGGUGAGAGAAAGAAAGUGGAAAAAGGGAAUCACACGGGAGAAUAUAUUUUUGUUGUUUUUUAUUCACAUGCUGUAAGAGAAACGGUUCUGUUUUGGAAAUAACAUUAGCUACUCGUCGGAUACUGUUGCGACACUCUACCCCCUGCGGUAUUUAGUUAACUAUCAAACUAACUUGGACAUCAACAUAAUUAAAAUUACAAGCAGAUAUUAUCCAGCGGUCCUCUGCUUGGAACGCGGGCUGGCUCUAGACCUGCGGUAGAUAGUUUAUCGUCUGUCUGGCGAACACAUCUGGUUUCUCAAUGGCGAAGAAGACCUACGACCUGCUUUUCAAACUCCUACUGAUCGGGGACUCGGGCGUGGGGAAGACCUGCGUGCUGUUCAGAUUCUCAGACGACGCCUUCAACACCACCUUCAUCUCCACCAUAGGAAUAGACUUCAAGAUCAAAACUGUUGAACUCCAGGGAAAGAAGAUCAAACUACAGAUAUGGGACACAGCAGGUCAGGAGAGGUUCCACACCAUCACCACGUCCUACUAUCGAGGCGCCAUGGGCAUCAUGCUGGUCUAUGACAUCACCAACGCCAAGAGCUUCGAGAACAUCAGCAAGUGGCUCCGCAACAUCGACGAGCAUGCCAACGAGGACGUGGAGAGAAUGCUGCUAGGCAACAAGUGUGACAUGGAGGACAAGAGGGUGGUACCAAAAGCCAAGGGAGAGCAGAUUGCCAGAGAACAUGGUAUUAGGUUUUUUGAGACGAGUGCUAAGGCCAACAUUAGCAUCGAGAAGGCUUUCCUCACGCUAGCAGAAGACAUCCUCAGAAAGACGCCCGUCAAAGAGCCCAACAGUGAAAACGUGGACAUCAGCGGUGGGAGUGGAGUCACAGGAUGGAAGAGCAAGUGCUGCAGUUAGAACAGCCCCCUGUCCCUCCCUCACACACUGACAUGCACAUUCUUUAUCUCUAAUAGCUAACUCUCUAACACUCAUCCCCUCUAUCUGUUCUCAUCAAUUCUCUUGUGUGAGUGAAAGUGUGUCAACUUUUUAACCUUUCCUUUGGCUGAGGCCGCCUGGUCCCCUCACCUUUCCUUUGGCUGAGGCCGCCUGGUCCCCUUUCCUUUGGCUGAGGUCGCCUGGUCCCCUCACCUUUCCUUUGGCUGAGGUCGCCUGGUCCCCUCACCUUUCCUUUGGCUGAGGCCGCCUGGUCACCUUUCCUUUGGCUGAGGCCGCCUGGUCCCCUUUCCUUUGGCUGAGGCCGCCUGGUCCCCUUUCCUUUGGCUGAGGCCGCCUGGUCCCCUUUCCUUUGGCUGAGGCCGCCUGGUCCCCUUUCCUUUGGCUGAGGCCUCCUGGUCCCCUUUCCUUUGGCUGAGGCCGCCUGGUCCCCUCACCUUUCCUUUGGCUGAGGCCGCCUGGUCCCUUCACCUUUCCUUUGGCUGAGGCCGCCUGGUCCCCUUUCCUUUGGCUGAGGCCUCCUGGUCCCCUUUCCUUUCCUUUGGCUGAGGCCGCCUGGUCCCCUCACCUUUCCUUUGGCUGAGGCCGCCUGGUCCCCUCACCUUUCCUUUGGCUGAGGCCUCCUGGUCCCCUUUCCUUUCCUUUGGCUGAGGCCUCCUGGUCCCCUUUCCUUUCCUUUGGCUGAGGCCGCCUGGUCCCCUCACCUUUCCUUUGGCUGAGGCCUCCUGGUCCCCUUUCCUUUCCUUUGGCUGAGGCCUCCUGGUCCCCUUUCCUUUCCUUUGGCUGAGGCCGCCUGGUCCCCUUUCCUUUCCUUUGGCUGAGGCCGCCUGGUCCCCUUUCACCUUUCCUUUGGCUGAGGCCGCCUGGUCCCCUUUCCUUUGGCUGAGGCCGCCUGGUCCCCUUUCCUUUGGCUGAGGCCGCCUGGUCCCCUCACCUUUCCUUUGGCUGAGGCCUCCUGGUCCCCUUUCCUUUCCUUUGGCUGAGGCCGCCUGGUCCCCUUUCCUUUCCUUUGGCUGAGGCCGCCUGGUCCCCUUUCCUUUCCUUUGGCUGAGGCCGCCUGGUCCCCUUUCACCUUUCCUUUGGCUGAGGCCGCCUGGUCCCCUUUCACCUUUCCUUUGGCUGAGGCCGCCUGGUCCCCUUUCCUUUGGCUGAGGCCGCCUGGUCCCCUUUCCUUUGGCUGAGGUCGCCUGGUCCCCUUUCCUUUGGCUGAGGUCGCCUGGUCCCCUUUCCUUUGGCUGAGGUCGCCUGGUCCCCUUCACCUUUCCUUUGGCUGAGGCCGCCUGGUCCCCUCACCUUUCCUUUGGCUGAGGCCUCCUGGUCCCCUCACCUUUCCUUUGGCUGAGGCCUCCUGUUCCCCUCACCUUUCCUUUGGCUGAGGUCGCCUGGUCCCCUCACCUUUCCUUUGGCUGAGGUCGCCUGGUCCCCUCACCUUUCCUUUGGCUGAGGCCGCCUGGUCCCCUUUCAAAUUUCCCUUGGCUGAGGCCGCCUGGUCCCCUUUCACCUUUCCUUUGGCUGAGGCCGCCUGGUCCCCUCACCUUUCCUUUGGCUGAGGCCGCCUGGUCCCCUCACCUUUCCUUUGGCUGAGGCCUCCUGGUCCCCUCACCUUUCCUUUGGCUGAGGCCUCCUGUUCCCCUCACCUUUCCUUUGGCUGAGGUCGCCUGGUCCCCUCACCUUUCCUUUGGCUGAGGCCGCCUGGUCCCCUUUCAAAUUUCCCUUGGCUGAGGCCGCCUGGUCCCCUUUCACCUUUCCUUUGGCUGAGGCCGCCUGGUCCCCUCACCUUUCCUUUGGCUGAGGCCGCCUGUUCCCCUCACCUUUCCUUUGGCUGAGGCCGCCUUGUCCCCUCACCUUUCCUUUGGCUGAGGUCGCCUUGUCCCCUCACCUUUCCUUUGGCUGAGGCCGCCUGGUCCCCUCAUCUUUGGUCGAAGAAAAAAAAAAGAAAAAUAUAGGAUUAACAUUUUGUACACUAGUGGGUUAUAUUGUCAAGGUGCCGUAUUUGGUCAUUUUGACAUUUGUAAACAAGUAACGGAGAUGGGGUUUAUUUAGUCUUGUGCCUUAUAUGGAAGACGGGUGGAACCUCACCCACCCAAUUAAAUUAAAAGUUUGUUAUUCUGGCUCCUCCCACGGCGAGGCUAAGCAAAAAGGUUUGAAUUUCCCCACCACCCAGAUCUUGUUAGGAUGUCUGCUUCACGAUGGGGGAUUGUUUUACAGUUUGUUUUAUUGUCCUUUUUUUGGGGUAAAAAAAAAAAUGUCUACAUGUUUGGGUUGGGAGCAUUUGUGAUACGAUGUUUCUGUAACGUUGGAACUCUGUGUUUUCGUUUAGCAGACGCUCUGAUCCACAGUGACUUAUAGGAGCAAUUAGGGGUAAGUGCCUUGCUCAAAGGCACAUGGACAGAUUUUUCACCUAGUCAGCUCGGGGAUUUGAACCAGAGACCGUCCGGUUACUGGCCCAACACUCUAACCCGCUAGGCUUCCUGCCCCUGUAUGUAAGAGAACGUUCUCAAGGAAAUUCAAACAGUUUUGCAGCUCCAUUAAAAAUAAGCUUGUUUAAGUUA